AUGGCAACCAAUCUGGUCGAAAAACUCCCAGAGUCCGUUUUGCUGAACAUAUUUCAUCACCUUGCUUCUAAAGAUCUAGGGCGCGUAGGAAUGGUGUGUAAAAAUUGGCACAGAAUUGCUUUGGACUAUUCGCUUUGGCAACAUGUGGAUUUACGUGGCUUAAGUCUUUGGAAAGAAAGCAUUAUAACAUUGAUCGAAAAGAUAUCUCCCUUUGUUUCUGUGAUGAACAUCAGUGGAUGCGGUCUUUCAGUUGCUUUUAUAACUACUUUGGCAGAGAAAUGUGUCAAGUUAAAAACCCUCAGGUAAAUCUCUUUGCUGCGUCUUUUGGUUUUCGUAGUAGGAGGGCUUCAAUAGGGUUAAGCGAUAGCCAUAAAACGCCUAAAACAUUUGGCCGUAAGGCGUAAAAAGAGACAAUUUUAAUCGAUAGAUGCAAAAAAGUUAAUCUAAAAAAAAUAAAGGUGACAAGAAUGGAAUGAUAUUAAACGUUAGCCGUAGUUUGGCCAAAAUUUUAUUCGUUAACCGUGAAAGCCAUCAUCCCAUUGAUACUCUUUAAUACCUCUAAUAUUUUUAUUCACACAAAAUUGACAUGGAAACUAUAGCCCGUUUGCAUGUUAAUACGAUGAGUUGUCACUAGCUGGUGAUAUUAUAAAGAUUGGUUCUUAAGAAUAACUGAUCAGUCCAAUAAGGGAAAGCAAAUCAGCCGAUCGACGACAAAAACCACAACAACGAUUUACUUUCUGCAUUUUCUUACUCUGUUACAUUAAAUAUUCAAUUAAAUUUCGCUAAAUUAAAACCUCAUAGAUAUCUAUAGGAAAUAGUAGAUGAACUAGAUAUAGAUAUCUUUAUAAGAUGCAAUUAAGAAAAGAUUUCGUUUCAGUUGGUUUUUUUUUCUCUUUCAGUCUUCAGGGGGCAUAUUUUACAGACUUGGUUUAUAACUUUCGCCUUUGCUGGAAUUCUUUUAAAACCCUUGAAAACCUGGACGUUCGCUUUCUUGAAGGCCUUUGCUCUAACGUUUUCAUAGAACACAUCCAUCUCUUUAGGAAUAUACAAAGUCUUGGAUUGGCAAAUAUUAAUUCAUCGGGAGAGCUGGAAAGAGUUUUUAUGUCGCUGCGCAAUCUGCGGAUAGUUCAUUUCCAGAAUUGCCCCUCCUUAAAAGAUUCUAAUAUAGACACCCUGGCAGGUUGUUGUCCCAAACUAGAAUCACUGUGUCUCACUGGAUGUAUUUACGUCAAGGGGUCCACUUUCCCGCGUCUAUUUGCCGAAUGCAGAAACCUUCAAACUUUACUAAUGAGUUGCACUAGAUUGCAAAAUAGCAACAUUAUGAAAACGGAUUGGAGUAAGGCCAGUCUCACCGAGCUUGACUUUUCAUACUGUUAUGGAAUUGGCGAGAGUGGGCUUAUGGAAAUGCUUCCCAAGUUGACAGAUCUGAGGUAUCUUCAGCUAUCUUUUUGUGGUUGGGGCAGAGCUUUCAGCGACAAUGUUAUAAGCGUCAUGUCACAAAUGAACUACCAACAACUCGAAAUCCUCGAUAUUCACAGCAGCUUCAACAUCACUGGCAAGACAUUGUGCAAGUUCGCCGAAAGGUGUCCUCGUUUAGCAAGUCUUUGUGUUGGAAGCGCAAUCACUUCCUGUGAAGAGCUUAGAUCGUUGCUGAAAAAUUUAAGGAACUUAAAACAUUUUUACAUCACAAAGCAAGCCACGAUCAAAACUGAAAAUGUGUUCACCAAUAUCAAAAAAUUUUGUCCGCGCAUUGAAACUCUGGCCUUGUAUAAUUUCUACGCCAUAAACAGGUAUCGCGUCGAAAAUGCUCUUGUUGAGCUCGUGGCAGCUUGCAAGUAUUUGAAGGUUCUUUGCAUUCGAGGAACUAACGUACCAUUGAGAACCGAAUUAGCACAACUCGCUGACAAAGUUAAGACUUGCACAAAACGAAACGAUAUUGAAAUAUCCCGAAGACCUUAUUUUUUGUUGUCUGGAGCUAAGCUCUGUUUAGAUAGUGCCCUCAAAAACUCAACUCAUUUGAAUUAA